AAAAUGAAGACUAGUCCGGUGCCGGUGGUAGAACACGUGUGCAGUGGUGAAGCGGUUUUCAGUAUCAGACACCUUGUGACUUCAAUACUUUUUGUUGUAUUUGCUCUGGCAUAAUCACUUCAUGCACUAAAGUAGCAUCCCAACUAGAUUUUGAGCUGUAUUCAGUUUUUAAAAUUCACGUAACUUAAUGUGGCACAAAGAAACCUUAGGCAGAACAUCUUUUUUUAUCAAAUAGAGCAAUAAAUUCAAGUCUACCUCCUUGUUUAAAUUCUGACAGGUGUCAGACGUUGAGUGAGUGAGUCAGUGAGUGCUUGGGGUUUAACGUCGUACUCAACAAUUUUUCAGUCAUAUGACGAUGAAGGAAUCAUUAGGGUGCAUGUAUGUGUAAUGUGCCUCCUUGUUGCAGGACGGAUUUCCACCGCUCUUUUAUUUAGUGCUGCUUCACUGAGACGACUUACGGAAGGCAAGUUUGCUAAUUUGUCAUGGAGAUGUUUAAGGGAUGGAAAGCCACAAGUGAAGCAUCUACGACAAUUUAGUCAGUUAAGGCACAAUUUACUGAAGUUAGGGCAAAAUUUCAAAUGUUUUUCAUCAUUAUCAAGAACAUCAGCUAAACAUGGGAUAUUUGAAAGAAUUCCGUUUCUAAAUAGCUUGUCAAAAUUUCAACCUACCCAUAUAGGAUUGGGGACUGGAUUUGUGGGGUACUGGGCCAUAAGACAUGCUAACAGGAGGGGAGUUAUCGUCGAAUGCAAAGCAAAACGAACUCCAAGCCGUCUACUAGAUGACCUUGAAGAGAAAGAGGAACCUCCAUUCUGCUGGAGAGAGUUUUUCAAGUUACUGCUACCAGAUAUCUGGUAUUUAAUAGCUGCAAUAAUAAGUGCCUUGGGAGUUGCAUUGGUUAAUGUUCGAAUUCCUCUUCUGCUGGGAGAUGUGGUAAAUGUUGUGUCAAAGUUCACAGUAGAAACAGCGACAUCAUUCAUGGAUGACAUCAAAAUUCCAGCCUUACACCUCAUCGCUUACUAUGGAAUUCAGGGAGCAUUGACAUUCAGCUAUAUAUCCUUUCUAUCUGUUCUUGGAGAAAGAUUAGCAACUCGACUGAGGACACAACUAUUCCAGGCUCUCAUUCGCCAAGAUGUGGAGUUUUUUGAUGACAAUAAAACUGGAGAACUGAUAGAUCGGUUAACGUCAGAUGUACAAGACUUCAAGAGCUCACUGAAGCUCUGCAUAUCUCAGGGACUCAGAGCCAUUACACAGACAGUGGGUUGUGUUGUGUCGUUACUGCUCAUCUCCCCCAAACUAACGCUUGUAAUGGGGUUGGUUGUACCUGGUGUGAUUGGUGUGGGUACUCUGCUAGGGUCAGGUUUACGCGCUCUCUCACGAUCUUCACAGACACAGGUUGCAAAGUCUACCGCUGUAGCAGAUGAGGCCAUUGGGAAUGUAAGAACAGUGAGAGCAUUUGCCAUGGAGGAAAAAGAAAUUGAAUUAUACGAGAGAGAAGUGCAAGAGGCAUGUCGACUAAACAUCAAGCUUGGGGUGGGGAUAGGGAUCUUCCAGGGCCUCACCAACAUUGCCCUGAAUGGGAUUGUCUUGGGCGUCCUAUUUGCUGGGGGGAACCUGAUGUCCACUCAUGAACUGACCCCUGGGGACCUGAUGUCCUUCAUGGUGGCCACACAAACCAUUGAAAGGUCUCUUGCCCAGCUGUCUCUGUUGUUUGGCCAUGCUGUCAGAGGUUUGAGUGCAGGAUCCCGCGUCUUUGAGCUUACAACGUUGAAACCCAAACUGAAUCUGACUGGAGGAGAAAAAAUACCAUUCCAUUCAAUGUGUGGCAAGAUUGAGUUCAGGAAUGUGAGGUUUUCUUACCCCACUCGCAAGGAACAGGAAGUUCUACAGGGCUUUAGUCUGGAGGUGAAGGGAGGACAAGUGGUGGCCUUGGUUGGCUUGUCAGGGGGAGGAAAAUCGACAGUUGCUGCACUAUUGGAGAGGUUUUAUGACAUCGACCAUGGGGAGAUAACUGUAGAUGGUAAAGAUAUCCGGACACUUGACCCAACAUGGCUAAGGGGAAAAGCUAUAGGAUUCAUAAACCAGGAGCCUGUCCUGUUUGCCACAAGUGUAAUGGAGAAUAUACGUUAUGGACGGCCAGAUGCCACAGAUCAGGAGGUGGUAGAAGCAGCUAGACUUGCCAAUGCUCAUCAGUUCAUCACCAACUUCCCUGAAGGCUACAGCACUGUGCUAGGAGAGCGUGGGGUGACUGUGUCAGGUGGUCAGAAACAGAGGAUUGCUAUAGCAAGAGCCCUCAUCAAAAAUCCAGCCAUUCUCAUCCUUGAUGAGGCCACUAGUGCCCUAGAUGCAGAGUCUGAGCGUAUUGUACAGGAGGCACUUGACAGGGUUAUUCAAGGUAGAACAGUACUGAUCAUUGCCCACAGGCUGAGCACUAUCCGAGAUGCUGACGCUAUUGCUGUGGUGGCCAAAGGCAAGAUUGUAGAGAUGGGAAGUCAUGAGGAUCUGAGGAGGAAGAAGGGUUAUUACUGGGAGUUAAUGCAGAAACAACAUGUAGAGGAGGAAUUAGAACAAGUCUGAGGGAAAUAGGUCAGGUUUAAAGGAAAAUAGGUCAAGUUAAAAGGGAAAUAGGUCCAGUUAAAAGGGAAAUAAGACAAGUCUGAAAGGAACUAGUAAAAGUCUGGAAGGAACUUAAUAGUGAUCAGUAAACGUUUUCAGUAAUUGUGCACAACAUUGUAGAACAUGACUCCUGUCUUUCUUGACCAUUCAAUCAUAGAUUUUUAUGGAGAUCUUGUACAGUAUACAUACAUACAUACAUGGAGACUGUGAUACAUAUAGGAUUAGUUUUAGGCUGAAUUAUACCCUCAGGAAGAACCUGAAUUUUUGUGUGCCCAUUAUCAUGUAGAAUUUUGUAUUAUUCAUUUGUUAGUAAUACCCAUUUUGUGCACAUAAUUGACAAAUAU